ACCCACCUCUAUACACGACUCUACUCUUGUACCACUAUGGGAUCUGCCCUUUAGGGUAAUAUUGUUCUGUGGAUCUGCCCCACAAACUAGAAACUACUAAUACAAGCGACUUUUCGAAUACUAUGCAAUAGUUUUUAAUAAUCGCUUCCUUGGAGAAUCUUUACAAUUCUUCUAAGACUUGCCUAGACAUUCUUUAUGAUGAUGAACAGCCCGAUGAGUUUGCAUGAGGAAGUCCACAUCAAAGAGGAGCCAGUUGGUGUUGCGGAAGAAGAACAAACCACAGAGCUAGCUCUGUAUGCAGACCAUGAGAUCAAGGAAGAAAUGGUCAUAGGCCCAGUGAUGUUGCAGCUUCCUAAUGUAGCUCAAGCAAGAUGUGGGCAGAGCAUAUUUGACAAGUUGAACGUUGAUCCUCAACUGAACAAGUGUGAUGUUUGCAAUACGGGUUUUAUAAAAAAACUUGAACUGAGGAGUCCUAUAAUGACACACAUGGUAAAGAAACAAUACAAAUGUGAAUUUUGUAGCAAAUCUUUUACUAAGAAAGCCUAUUACAGUAGACAUUUAACAACUCACACUGGAAAUAAAUCUUAUAUUUGUGACUUCUGUCACAGAUGUCUUAUAUCAAAACAAGGAAUUAUAAAACAUUUAUGCACUCAUACUGGAGAGAGACCACACAAGUGUGAUAUUUGCAGUAGAGGUUUUAUAACAAAAUGUGAACUUAAGUGUCAUAAAAUGACUCAUACCGGAGAGAAACCGUUUAAGUGUAAAAUAUGCAAUAAAGGUUUUACUAAGCAAUGUGAACUCAAAAACCAUGAAAUGAGACAUUCUGAUAAACAACCAUAUGUAUGUAACAUUUGCAAUAAAGGUUUUAUUAAAUCACAUGAUCUUAAACGCCACGAAAUGAUUCAUGGAGAGAAACUGUACAAAUGUGAUAUUUGCACCAAAUGUUUUGUACACGAAUAUCAACUUAGGCUUCACAUAAAGACCCAUACUGGUGAGGAGCCAUACAAGUGUAAUAUUUGCAGUAAAGGUUUUAUAAAGAAAUAUGCAUUCAACCAGCAUAAAUUCAUUCAUUCUGGGGAGAGACCGUACAAGUGUGAACACUGUAACAAAUGUUUUACCCGUUUACAAUAUUAUUAUAACCAUUUAAGGACUCAUACUGGUGAAAAACCAUUCAAGUGUGAUAUUUGCACCAAAAGUUUUAUAAGAAAAUGUCAACUUAGUUACCAUAAAAAAACUCAUACUAAUGAGAAACCGCAUAAGUGUAAUAUUUGCAGUAAAGGUUUUGUAUGGAAACAUGAACUCAACCAUCAUGAGUUGAGUCAUAUGUCAUUUGAUAAGCAACCAUACCAGUGUAACAUUUGCAAGAAAGGUUUUCUUAGAAUACAUGACUAUAUACGUCAUGAAAUGAUUCAUACUGGAGAGAGACCGUACCAAUGCGAUCAAUGUAACAAAACUUUUGUCCUUAAAGCAAAUUUUAAAAACCAUUUAAGGUCUAAGAGUCAUGCAGAAAAAACUUUGUGAUAAAGUAAAGGGACAAAUUAUUUCAAGAGACAAACGCACCUCUAGAACAACAAUGACAUUGGUGCCAAAUUUCAUUUUUGGUCAAUUCCCCUGGAAAUAUUUUUCUCAAUUGGAAUUUAUUAUAGCAUUUUUUGCAAAAAAUCAUUAUUAUAAUAAUAACGCACGCCCUCAACAUAGCCCCGCACCAGGGAAAGCAGGAAACCCUGUGUCGCGGGUGCCAUGCACACACACACAUACACCACAAAUUACCUACACCCAUUCUCACAUUAAUAAGGAUUUAUAGGCUUACUUGUGAAAAUAUUGCAUUAUUCUAAGAUUAAUACUUUGCUUGCUAUUUAUUUAUUAUUUUGGCAGGUGCAUGUAGGUACCUACAGUUACGUCGAUGUUCUUAUUGAACUGUUUAUUAACUUUAAGGACACCAAGAACAUUGGAGUAAAAUCAGAACGUCAGCUUUGAAAUAAAAAAUAAUUCAUAGAUUGGUAAUACAUAGAUUAAUGCAUCAAUAUAAUGUACUUUGGAACUCAUUUUAGUUUCUAUUACUAGGAGUGCCCAUAAAGAAUAAAUUUUUUAAGAGUUACGAUAAUUUAACGGUAGUAUUUUCACCUAACAAUGAUAAAAUAUAAUUGGAACUCAUGCAAUUUGGUAAUGUUUUAUUACAAAAAUUAAUAGCAAUCAAAUAUUUUUUAUCAAGCCUUCCUUCCCUGGUGAAAACAUAUAUAAUUAUGCAGUGAAUUGCAGCGUAAAAAUGCUUACAGAACGAAAAGUUAGCGCCUGGAAACACGAGGAGAAAGUUUUCGCGCGACCGCCACGCUCCGCUCCUCUCCGCAACUCCGCUCGGCGCCCGCGUAGACAAAAGACAAGCUAGUACUUUCCAGCUUAAAGCUAAAUAAAUAGAGCGUAUUUUGUCAUGACAUGGUCUCUAAACACGUGCACGCGGCCGCUGGGCGGCGGCCGUCGCAGACUCCGCUCUUCGACCGCGCGGGGGAGCGCUAUGAAAUUCGUGUCGUAUAAAGGCGCCCUAAGUGUGUCAAUUUGAGCAUAGAAAUACAGAAUGGAGUCUAAUUACUUACAACAAAAAAGACACUAAAAUAAAAGUCCCUAAGGUAUAAAAGCAAUUUUAGCACACACUGUGAUGGUAAUUAAACAUACGGUAAUUGUGUUUUAUAUAUUAUAUUCUUUUUUCGGAGAAUAACAUUGACCCAACUGCGUUUUGUGUCUUUUUAUCAUAAAGUAUAUAUUUUUUGU